AUGACCAAAGUUAUCUUCAAUCAUGCGAAACUCGGUGCGAUAAGGUGUAUUCGAGAAACAAAUAGCUCGAUUGUGAAGAUCUUAGGUCUGCCAUAUGGUAAGAUUCCCCAACGAUUCUCGCGGGCAGAGCUGUCAGAAAGGCUGUCUGAUGGCGAAAGCAAACGGUACCACGAUGGAGUGUUCGACGCGACAAGACCAGGAGCAUCCAGCAUCCAGCCGUGGGGUAGCGUCAAGUCCGAUGCAUCUAACAUCCCGUUACCGAUCGAUAACCUACCAGAAGACGAAGAGCAAUCAGAGGAUUGCUUAAACCUCUCCAUACACUUGCCAAAGGGAUUUGUCGAUGGGAGUGGAAAGAUGCGUCCAGGUGCAAAGUUACCAGUCCUUGUCUUCAUCCAUGGUGGCGCAUACUUUCUCGGUUCCGCGAAUAGACCAUACUACAACCCGGAGAACCUUGUGCGGCAUGCUAUUGAGCACAAGAAGCCUAUCCUCUUCGUAGGUAUCAAUUAUCGACUUGGUGCGCUAGGCUUUUGGCACUCAAAUCGUGCUGGGGAUCUGGUACCGGAAAACAAUGGUCUCCACGACCAGAACAUGGCGUUUGAAUGGUUACGCGAGAAUAUCGAAGGAUUUGGUGGAGAUGUCGACAAUGUUACAGUCAUUGGACAAAGCGCAGGUGGCGAAAGUAUCUCGGUGCAGGCGAUGCGUAGGCCGUUGUUCAAGCGUGCGAUCAUGUUCUCUGGAACGCCCAUUACUAUGCCGGCAAUGACGCAUGACGAGCAUCAUGAUAACUUUCUCAAGUACGCCGAGAAGCUGGAUAUUCGUAUCAAAGAAGACGAUGGUAGUGAGAGGGAUACUGAAGCUAUUGCUAGAGAUGUAAUUGGCGUCGACGUAUCGAAGAUUCGAGAUCUGGCCUGGGUUGGGUUACCGUGCACGAACAGCGAGUUUUUCCCAUUCGAACGACCGACGAUAGACUUGGCUAGGAAGGGAAAAGUUGCUCCUCCAGACUGGAGAGAGUGGGCGAAACCUGUUGAAGCCCAAAUAGUCGGAUCCACCACAUACGACGGCGGUAUCUCCUACAAUAUGAUGAAGAAUGAUUCCGGCCGCAAGAACCAUGCUGAGGCCUUUCAUCGCAUCGCUGUGGACGUUCUGUCUUCGGGACAUGGCGCGGAGUUAAUGGACAUCUACGGCAUCGAAGGUGUUGCUGAUGAUGCGGACGCGCUCCAGCGUAUCUGUCUUUUCGAAAGCGACAUAGGUUUCUUUGCUGCCGCACUUAGCAUUGCGGAGAGUGAUCUGAUCAAAGAUACCUAUUUCCAUGUGUUUGACCUCCCAGACCCUUUCCCGGGACCGAUCCGUGAGCGCGGUGCUUUUGCAACCCAUACUUUUGACAUCGCAACACUACUUGGUGGUGUGCAUGAAGAUCGUUUGCCCUCGCAUUAUCGACCUGUGAUUGCCCAAUGGCGCAACUCGAUCCUGGAUUUCGUGGUUAGAGGAACGCCACCUUGUGCAAGAUUUGUUGGAAGUGAUGGGGAGAGGCGAGGCUUGAUGGUCAGUGAAGAUGGAGUCAGAGAGGUCGGCAGCGAAGCUUGGAUGGAAAAUGAGGAGAAGAGAAGGAAGAGAUUGUUCAAGCUGGCUCAGAGAGUUGACGCUGAUACUGGGCUGGAUAUUCUCUGGGUGGACAUCUGUAGGCGCUUCUUGAUGCGUGGGGAGUGA